AUGAACUUGGAAAAGAAGCAUUCAAAAACUGAGUCGCAGUCUACUACCACAAAGAAAAAGAAAGGUUCAUUGCAGAAACAACCCAAAUCCAAAAUGAACUUUGUCACUGAGGAGGAGUUGUUGAAGAAGGAUUUUAUCUCCCCUGAUGAUGUACUUAGGCUUGGUCGCAGUACUGAAAACUAUCUGUGUCCACCAGAAGCUAACAUCUAUGGUAUAGACUUCACCAGAUUUAAACUCCGAGACAUAGACUCCAACCAGGUGUUGUUUGAAGUGGCCAAGCCACCACCCCCAUGUGAUGCUGAAGAGGAGGAGGAGGAGGAGGAUCCAAACUCUGGCAGAUAUGCUCACUACCAUUUCACACCUCGAUUUUUACAGCUGAAAAAUGUUGGCGCAACAGUUGAGUUUGUGGUUGGAGCACAGUCGGUCAGUAAACUUCGCAUGAUUGAGAAGCACUAUUUCCGUGACCGUGUCCUGAAGUCUUUUGACUUUGAGUUUGGGUUCUGUAUCCCCCACAGCCGCAACACGGUGGAGCAUAUUUAUGAGUUCCCCAAGCUCAGCGACGAGACAAUCAAAGAGAUGGUGCAGCACCCAUAUGAGACCCGCUCGGACAGCUUCUAUUUCGUCGAGGACAAACUCAUCAUGCAUAACAAGGCAGACUACUCUUACAGUGAUGACAUCCCAUCCUCAUAG